AUGUCUUCCGACGCCGACUACUCGGCGUUUCUCGACAAGGCGAACCAAGACACGGGGUCAGGGGACGUGAAAGAAGCAUCGCAGAAGAGCUAUGGGACCAAGAGCGUCAACACGGCAGUUCCAAGCGGACUCAAGGAAGUAAAGGAGUACUACAUCAGUGAAUCUGACGAGCCGUUUGAGCCCGUGGCACUCGAGUUUGAGGGCAGUAGCGUGUCUAGUGAGGAUCUCGCGAAGCUCCUUGGAGGCAACAAAGUAGAGGAAGUCAAGGGCACUGGGUUUGAGUCACAAUACAAGGGCGUGAUUGACGCGGUGAAGCUGGCGACCAACGGUACAGUCAAGGUGUUCCGUGUUGAGCUGGAAGGCACGCGGGCAGAGUACUACGUUGUAGGUGUGGACGAGAAAGGAGGCAGGAUUGUAGGGCUUAAAGCACUGGCUAUCGAGUCGUAG